CAGCAGAGGGAGGGGAGUGAGGGAGGUGUGUAACAAUUUCCUGUAGUUGCAUGCUGAUCUGCGUCUCUGCACCUUCCUCUCUGAGUCUGUUUCUGUCAGGGUGAAGAGCGCAGACGAAGCUGAGCGGAACAGGAUGCAGGCUAUCAAAUGUGUGGUCGUGGGAGAUGGAGCUGUGGGAAAAACAUGUCUUCUCAUCAGCUACACAACCAAUGCCUUCCCUGGGGAAUACAUUCCUACAGUAUUUGACAACUACUCAGCUAAUGUAAUGGUGGACAGCAAACCAGUCAACCUGGGCCUUUGGGAUACAGCUGGACAGGAAGACUACGACAGGCUCCGCCCGCUCUCCUACCCACAGACGGAUGUUUUCCUGAUCUGUUUCUCCCUGGUGAGCCCAGCGUCCUAUGAGAACGUCAGAGCUAAGUGGUACCCAGAGGUUCGUCACCACUGCCCCUCCACACCCAUCAUCCUGGUGGGCACCAAGCUGGAUCUGAGGGACGAGAAGGAUACCAUUGAGAAGCUGAAGGAAAAAAAGCUUGCACCAAUCACCUACCCUCAGGGCCUGGCUCUGGCUAAGGAGAUAGAUGCAGUAAAGUACCUGGAGUGCUCAGCUUUGACUCAGCGUGGUCUGAAGACUGUGUUUGAUGAGGCCAUCCGCGCUGUGCUCUGCCCCCAGCCCACCAAGGUCAAGAAGAAGCCCUGCUCCCUGCUGUAAAUGAUUCUUCAAAGACCAGAGAGAAGACAGAAAGAGAUUCAGAUGGCUGAACCCAGGUUAUAAGAAGAACAUUCAAAAGUUCUGUAAUGUUUCUAAUAAUAAUGGAAAAGAUUUCCACUAGUUUAAAAAAAGUGCUUUUGUGUGUUAUAAUAAAAUGAUAUAAUACUUUUUGUAUAGCAUACUCUGAGACUGAAUUUUAAAGUGCAUUAUAUACGUAGCAGCAGGUAGGAUUUCUCUGUAAAAGAUAUCAUUUUAUCAGAGUAAAUCACUAAAUGUGGAAACAACAGGCUGUCCCAGUUGCUGCUCAGAGUCAGCCUGCCAGUUUUACCCAGUAUACCAAAAUUCCUGCACAAAAUUCACUGCCCUUUGGGGACAACAAUAUAUAAAGGUGUUUUGUGCAGCUUCAGAUGAUAAUAUCACAUGUUGCAAUGAGAUUAGUUGAUACUGUGCUAUGGCUGUUGUUUUGAAAGUGAUGAACAAUGAUUAAGAAUAAAGAUAAGGAAUGUAAGUUUGUAGUUGGAGCUAAACAAUAUUGUAUUGCAAUGAAAUGUAUUAAAAAGUAUUCUUUCUUGUGAUAUUAAAAUAAAAGAUCUUUAAUCAAGUAAAAAAAUAAA